UUUAGCGGCCGGUGUUUGUUGACAGCAACGCCGCUUAGCUCAGCACCACUGUGAUAGUUUAAUUGUGCUGUCGGGCAAAAUGGCAUCGUCUAACUCAUACAAACUAAGAUGCUCCAUCCCGGGUCACGAAAUGGACGUCAGGGGACUCACAAGUGCUGUUUUUCCAGAGGGAGCUUUUGUGUCGGUGUCCAGAGACCGAACCGGAAGAGUCUGGGUUCCAAACUCAAGCCCAGACAAAGGCUUCACAGAGAUGCACAGCAUGUCUGGACACUCCAAUUUCGUAUCUUGUGUAUGCAUCAUCGCACCCAGUGAAACAUAUCCCCGAGGACUUAUCGCCACAGGGGGAAAUGAUAACAACAUAUGCGUUUUCACAAUGGACCAAUCUAAGCCCCUAUUCACACUCACGGGCCACAAAAACACAGUUUGCACCCUGUCUUCUGGGAAGUUUGGGACACUUUUGAGCGGCUCCUGGGACACCACAGCCAAAGUCUGGCUCAAUGAGAAGUGCAUGAUGACCUUGCAGGGACACUCUGCAGCAGUGUGGGCAGUGGUCAUCUUACCAGAACAAGGCCUUAUGCUGUCUGGAUCAGCAGAUAAGACCAUAAAGCUUUGGAAAGCUGGACGCUGUGAGAAGACAUUUACAGGUCAUGAGGACUGUGUAAGGGGACUAGCAGUGAUCAGCAACACUGAGUUCUUCUCUUGCAGCAAUGAUACUAGUAUCAGAAGGUGGCUAGUGACAGGCGAAUGCGUACAGGUCUAUUACAGCCACACAAACUACAUCUACAGCAUAGCUGUCUUCCCUAAUAGCCAAGAUUUCAUAAGCACAGGGGAGGACAGGACUUUGAGGAUAUGGAGGCAGGGAGAGUGCUCUCAGACCAUCCGUCUGCCUGCUCAGUCUGUGUGGUGCUGCUGUAUUCUACCCAAUGGUGACAUAGUCAUUGGGGCCAGUGAUGGCAUUAUCCGUGUGUUUACGGAAGCUGAGGACCGCAUAGCAAGUGCAGAGGACUUGCAGGCUUUUGAGGAUGAACUAUCCAAAGCCACUAUUGACCCCAAGACAGGCGACCUUGGAGACAUCAAAAUGGAGGACCUGCCUGGAAGGGAACACCUUAAUGAGCCUGGGAAUCGUGAUGGACAGACACGUCUGAUAAAAGAUGGACAAAAGGUGGAGGCAUAUCAGUGGAGUGUCAAUGAUGGCCGCUGGAUGAAAAUUGGAGACGUGGUCGGAGGCUCCAACCAACAGACCUCCAAGAGCGUGAUGUAUGAAGGAAAGGAAUAUGACUACGUCUUCACCAUCGACGUGAAUGAGGGAGGGCCAUCCAUGAAGCUGCCUUACAACGUCUCAGACGACCCCUGGCUGACAGCGCACAACUUUUUGGAGAAGAAUGACCUCAACCCCAUGUUCCUCGACCAGGUUGCCAAUUUUAUAAUAGAGAACACUAAAGGACACGAGGUGGGACCGGCUCAGCCUGCUGCUGGUGACCCAUUCACUGGAGGCGCUCGAUAUAUCCCCGGGGCUUCUGAUGACCGGCCAGGCUUUGGAGCUGAUCCCUUCACAGGAGGAGGUGCGUACUCCUCAGCAGCCCUCAGACAGACAGCAACCAACAUCUACUUCCCCAAGACUGAUGGUGUGACCUUUGAGCAAGCCAAUUCCUCACAGAUCAUCGCCAAGAUCAAGGAGCUGAAUGGAGGUGCCCCUUCAGAGCACAAGCUGUCUGAAGAAAUUCUGGAAAGCCUUGAGAGGCUGCUGAGCUCUGUGUCUGAGCCUAACUCCCCCGCAUCUCCCCCAACUAUCCAAGAGAUCAACCUGCUGUGGAAGGCCGCUCACUGGCCUGAAGACAUUGUGUUUCCUGUCCUGGACAUUAUGAGGCUGGCAGUGCGCCACCCACAGGUUAAUGAGAGCCUCUGUGGAGAGGCCGAGGGAGUCCAGCUGUGCAACCACCUGCUGAGCCUGAUGAGGCCUGAGGGGCGUCCUGCCAACCAGAUGCUGGCGCUACGGACUCUGUGCAACUGCUUUAGUGGCAGACACGGUCGAGCCCUCCUCAUGGCCCAGCGUGAAACGGUGCUAUCACGCGCUGCCGACCUGGCCACCGUGUGCAAUAAGAACAUCCACAUUGCCCUGGCCACUCUGGUGCUUAACUACGCUGGCUGCCUGCACAGUCAACCCGAUCUCGAGGCCAAGGCCCAGUGCCUGUCCGUGGCCAGUAGAGCUCUGGAGACGGUACAAGACAAGGAGGCUGUGUUUAGGCUGCUGGUGGCCUUGGGAACCACUGUGGCCUCAGACCAGACAGCCCAGGACCUGGCUCGCUCCCUGGGGGUCAACUCUCAGAUUUCCAAGUACUCAUCAGUGUCUGAUCCAUCGAAGGUGGCCGAGUGUUGCCAGCUGGUUUUAAAAGAACUACAAUGAUGUGAAUGAUUAGAGAAAAAAAAGCACUCGUUUCUUACUAUCACUCUGUUCUGCUUAAUCGGUUGUGGUGGAGACUUGAAUACUUGUAUGUUCUGCAAUAAAAAAGAACAAAUUAAAUCUCU